AUUGCACAGGAUUCUUGUCUGACGGGGAGAACAGAAUAAAAGCAACUCUACAGGACCUUGUUUCCAAUAUAAGGGAGGUUUCUGAAGGAGAGCUCGGGGCACCAUUCCAUCGCUGUGAGCAUAUUUCAGCCCACAUACUCCUGGAGAAGAGGUUUGAAAGGGGCACUGGAGGUACUGUAUGUUCCUCGGCUGGGAGAGAAUUCAGAAUAACACAGGAAGCUGGUAACGCUUACCCUUGGCCACGUCCUCAAGAGAAAAUCUGCAUUCACCGCUCCGUAGAAAAUGUCUUAUGGUUCCAUUGAUGGGAGCGGAUUCGGAAGCCGGAACCCCUUUGGAGGCCCAUCGAGACAAGGAUAUCAGCCCCUAGCCACCCAGAUCGAUCCCAACGAACUCCAGGAAUUGUUUCAGGAAACUUCAGCCAACAUCUUCCGAAUUAACUCCAAUGUGACUUCCUUGGAAAGAACCCUUCGAUCUCUUGGGACAUCGAAUGAUACGCAAGAGCUGCGAGAUGGACUGCAUGCAACCCAGCAAGAGACCAAUAAAACCGUUACUACCAGCACGAAAGCUAUCAAGCAGCUGUCUGAGAUUGUCAGAGGUUCAUCUAGGCAAGAGCGACUUCAGCUGGACCGGUUGAAUAACCAGCUGUCUGAUGCCAUCCAGCGAUAUGGAGCUGUGCAAAAGAAAAUAGCAGAGAAGUCCAAAGCUUUGCUUCCUUCUGGGCAGAGAAGCAGCAAACAGCAGAGUCCCAGGACCCCCUUCUCCGACCUGGCUGAUGAUGAGAAGAUUUUUAAUGGAGGAGAUGGCAUGUGGCAGAACCAGAGUCAGGAUCAAGCCCUGCUCUCGGAAAUCACAGAAGAGGACCUGGAGGCCAUCCGUCUGCGGGAAGAAGCCAUUCAGCAGAUUGAGAGUGACAUGUUGGAUGUAAACCAGAUCAUUAAAGACCUGGCCUCCAUGGUUUAUGAACAAGGCGACACAAUAGACAGUAUUGAAGCCAACAUUGAGACUGCAUCUUCUAAUGUAGAAUCAGCCAAUGAGCAGUUGGCUAAAGCCAGUCAGCACCAAAGGAGCAGAUUUAAGAUGGCUGCUGGCCCCCGGAAGAGGAAGGAAAAGUUUUCUCCUGUAGAACUUGAGAUUUUGGUGGCGGAGGUGACCAAAAACCACGCUAGGCUCUAUGGGAGUGAGAGAGUCAACCUGAGCCAGCCAGAGAGGGAGAAGAUAUGGUGCAGCAUUGCCAGGAAGAUCAAUGCUGUUGCCAGGUCCCCCCGGACCACCCGGGACCUCCGGAGGAGAUGGGAUGAUAUGAAGAGGCGCACCAAGGAGAAGCUGGUGGAGAUGAGUCGCUCAACGGGGGAGCCCAGACCUGAUACUGUGCUGGUGCGGAUUUUGGAAAGUCCUUUGCUUGGGCAGGAGGAGACUAUUAAAGAGGCUGAGGCCAGAGUGGAGGCAGAGGAGGAGGAUGGUGGUGGUGGUGAUGAUGUUAUGCACACUGAUGGCCCUCACAUAACUCUGGAGCUUCAGUCAGAUGAGGAGGAGGAAGUGCCUGGUUGCACAUGGGUGCCUUUGAGGACUAUUGAAAUGCCUAUGCCAGCUGAGACAGAUGCGUUAGAGCAACGGGGGGCACUGCACACCUCAGUUUCCUCUCCCUCCCCACCUUCCUCCCCACAGAGGCAGCAGCGGGCUACCUAUGGGAGGCGGUCAUCCCAGACUGCCCGGCAUCCUAAGCGGAAGUACAACGUCUCAGAGUUUGAGAAGCAGCUGAUGGAUGCCCAUCUCCAGCAAAGCACCCUCUUGUCCUCCUGGUACCAGCAGCAGAGCUCCCUCAUGAUCCAGCAGAACCUCAUCUUGGAGAACUUAGUAGAACAGAACAAGAGGCUGGCAGACAACGUCGAGUCACUCAACCGGACGCUGGAGAAGCUGGUCGACUACCAGCAGCCACGCAGGGAGACAGUACAUUUUGUGCAAGACUGCACCUCUGGGACUUCUGCCCGUCUGCCCUCCCGGAUAGCCAGUGGCGAGUCUGUGGGGCAGUCAGGGAUCGAGGUGUUCUCGGGAAUGAUCUUGAAAGUCGAAGAGGAGAUCUAAACAGAAACACAGACUCUUCUCAAACACCAUUUUCAGAGUUUUUAAAGACCAUUCUCUAAAACAAACACUUUUUAUGAUGGGUAAAAAAUUCCUCGUGUUUUCUAGGUCACGGUAAAUGCUACAGUAGCUCUUUUUUUAGUGGGUCAAGAUUCUUGGGUAUAUUCUACACAUAGCCUUUUUUGGUUGCCCAAUAUGGGACAGGAUAUCAUUCUUUUUUAUAACCAGCAGCGCUGUCCAUUUAUGAGAAACAAUUUUGUAUCGGUUCUUUUUAUUGUGAAAGAUAUUUUUCUUACAUAAAUCCAAAACAUAUAAAAAUAAACUCUGUUCAUAUUUAUCUUUACUCUUAAGAGUCUGUCCCCCGUGGAUAUUAUUCUUUUCCAGAAACAUUUUUAGGAACAGGUUUAAAAAAAAAAUAAAAGAAAUCAUUGCCAAGGCUGUAGAACGUGAGAGCCUGAUCCUGCUUCCAUUGAUGUCAAAGAGAAAUUUGUCAUUGACAUUGAUGGGAGCAGGAUGGAGUUCUUAUCGCUAUUUGGAUUAUGUUUGCUGAUUUAAUAAUAAUGGUGAGAGUUCUUUAAUGAGCAAAUAAGACAGUUUUUCUAAGUAUAAGCAUACGGAAUUCCGUUCAUUCUCCCUUCAGCCUAUCCUGACUCUCUCACUAGCUUUGUGUUUGAAAGACACACGAUGUAAGAAUGAAUGGGACAUUUAGGACUGUAGGAAUAUAAUACUCAAUAAUACAGUUCAACAUUGCCAGCUUGCACUGAUUUUAUCACGAAUCUCAUAAUAUUUGUGUUUUUCCUGAAAGCCUCAACUCUUGGGGAAUACAUAAGCAUCUGAGUUUUCCUUUUAAAAACCCUAAAGGUCUAGUCCACACGGUUUUAGAGAAAAGACUGAAAAAACAAUGCGGCUCCAGAGAAGGAGAACCCUUGAGGUCGGCAGUACCGCAUUCCAAAUCCGACUCAAGGUCCAUGUUGUCCUGCAGCCUGUCUCCAAUGGAGACUAGCACCAGCUGUUUUAUAGGAAGGUGCAAGAAACCCCACAGUGGGGAUUACCUGCCCCCCAUGGAGGUCUCAUCCUGAUCCCUAAUAUUUAGAGAAUGGCUUAUACCACAAAGCCUGCAGUUUAAUAUCCCUUCCAAGCCUUUUUGUUUGUAUUAAGUAUUAUAACUGUGGAUAUUCUUGUUAUCCAGAUAAAUAUCCAAUCCCUCUUCGAAUCUUGCUACGUUUUUGGCCUCAACAACAUCAUACGACAACGAGAGCCACAAGCUAAUUAUAUGUUGCUUGAAAAAGUAUUUCCCUUUAUUGGUUUUGAGUUUGCUGCCUUUCAGUUUCAUUGGACCGUCCCCUGUUUUUAUGUUUGAAUUGGUUUCCUUCCUUUCCAGUGCAUAAUCCAGUGUGAAAGUGUGAAACUUCUAGGGCACACCAAAUCAGUUUAUUAAGAAUAAUGCCACUCUGUGCCCAUGCAAAGGGUAAAUGGAUCUAAAAUCUCCAUUGAAGAAAUAGCCAAAUAAAUUCUUGGUAAGAAUUAGCACAGUUCAAUUACCAGAAUCUUGCCAGAAUCCCAGGUUUUUUUUCCAUCUACUGCAAAGAGUUAAAUAAAAAACAAAUGGUGCUUGGCUAUAGAGCCUAUAUCCCGACCCUUCUAUUGACCUCAAAAUCCACUUUAACAUUUGCAAAUCAGAAGGCAGUUAUUUGAAAUAGCUUGAUGCUUGGAAGGAUUCACCUUCACUGAAUGACUUUGGCUACAUUGUGGCCUUAUACACGGUUACACUCAGGCAGCUUUAAACCACUCUAACAGUAUAAAGGGGCCUUAAAGUAAGCAUAAAUAUAAUAUACACCCACUUUAAGGUCUGUUUUUGCUGUCAUAGUGGUGUAAAGGGUCCUUAGUGUCAAAGACAAGCACCCCUGUGUCUUUUAUUCCCUCUUGCUGUAAAGAUUAUACCAUUUUCUGUGGCAUAAGCAUCUUUCAGAUAGCACUAUAAAGUAUUUUCUUCCCUUUCCCUCCCUUCCCUUAUAUUCAUAAAACACCCAGUGAACGAAGUAAGUUCCCUCAGAGUGUAAUAUACUUUAACAUCAGUGCACAAAAAUGAAGUUUACAUAUUAUAAUUAUCUUUUGAUAUAAAAAGCUGGAGGUUUGCAUUUAUUUUUACGUUUGUA